AUGCCUACUAUAGGAGAAAAAAAGUAUAGAGACAACACGAGCACCUUUAUAGACGACGCAAGAAAUUACAAAAGAAAAUCGAUUGACGAGCACGAUGAAUGUUCUUUUUUUGAAGAUUUACUCUACCUAAAUCAAGAGAGAAAAGAUUCCCAAAAUGCGCACAAUGAUAAUUUAUUUGUUAAUGUAGAACUUGGUUCAACUCGAACCAGCGCCAUAGGUCUGAACGCAGUGAAGAAUACCAGCUAUGCAGAGAGUAAGAUAAAAGAGUCGAGCAGUGUUAAGGGUUACCAAAAUGUUGGCACCCCCGGUGAACUUAGCCUAGAGUCCCCCCUGAACGAAAUUCAACGGUACCAGCUGACCCUACUGAAGAAGAGUAACCCCGCGUGUCCAAAAGCGCCAAAGGUAUCGAUCGCCAGUGACAACCACGAGGGAGAAGUCCGAAAUGAAGAUAACUAUGUUGAAACAAAGCUCAAGACAGCCAGAGAUGAAGCCAAAAUAGGUAUCUCUUUAAAGGAAAGUAUACAUCCUUUAAAUAACUCUACCCAAGGGAAAAUGCAAGAAAGGCACUUGAUGAUUAAACCGAGACGGAAUUACAACGAUCUGCAUGCAAGCCAAACGGAUGACUCGAACGAGAAUAAUCAAAAUGUGCACAGAUCGAAUGAGGAGAUAUCUGGUGGGAAGGACGCUGUGGUAAGAUGUAACCAUUACUUGAAUGGACAAAAAAUCGCACCAUUUGUUGACCUGAAAAAGGGGGAUAGGACUAAUCAACCAAAUAGAGCAUUCCAGUACGAAGGGGAAGAGAAAAAAAUUAUCACCCCAAAUAAUAGGUCCGCGAAAGAGACCCUAAACAAUGGUUACUUCCCCAAAGGGGCAACGUCCCAUUGGAACGAUGAAACUGUCGUAUGUGACAAAUUGAGUAGCCAAAUAGGUGAAAGGAAAAAUAAGGCAAUCCCCAAUUCAAUGGGCGAACUUGCGUUUAAAAAAAGUGGUCUUACGUGUAGGGAUAAUUUGUUUGACAGUUAUAGUUAUGCCAUGCGGGGGGGGAGUGCGAACAUGGAUGAAACGAACGAUGCGUAUGAGGCGAGUGAGAGGAACAACCAGAUCGAGGGAUGCGUUGACCAGCGGAAAGGAUCUACACGUGACGCUCUUAAAAAGACGCAACAUAUGGACGACCAGUGCGUGAUUUACAAGAGAGAAAGACAUGGUGAAAAAAAGAUGCUUGAAGAAGACCACACCAAGGAAGAGGUUCCCGCGAGUCAGUUUGGAAGAAACGGUGCCAAUCGAAUCAACCCCCAAGUGGAUGCAUAUGAAGCAACAACCUCCAGGAAGGAAAUAAAAAUUACACAGAAGGACGAACCGGCCCAGUCUGUUCUUCACAUUUCUAACCGAAGUGCCAUACAUUUGCAAAAACCCGCUAAUGUAAAGACAAAUAUUAGCCAUGUAACUAACGAAAAGAGCAUAGCGCCUAACUUAAAAGUGCCUGAAAGGUCAGUUCCCCACGAGAAAGAAGCAAGUAGCGUUUCGCGAAAUCACACACCAAAUAAGAUCACCAAUAAAAGUAUACCGAAAAAUUUAAAUGUCAGCUCAAAGAUAAAAAAUGAUAAAGCGGUGACGUACCUCACGUAUGAGGAUAUUACCGACUUUGAAUUCGAAGUGAACACAGAGACCAUCCACGAUAUGGUUAUGAAACUGCUACAAAUCACCAAAGAUCAGGAAUGGACAAAGCAAAUAGAAAAUUUAAUUAACUUAAGAAAAAUUUUUAAAUUUUAUCAUAAAUUAUUUUUUGAUAAUCAUGCAAAAGAGUUAAGAAAAAUAACGAGGUCUAUCAUUGAGCUUUUAAAUAGUCCCCGAUCUUGUGUGUCCAAAAAUGCGUUACUAUGUUUGUCCGAGUUUUACUCCAUUGGGAAGAAAAGAAUGGAUUGUACUUUGGACGAUGUUAUCCUCCCUUGUUUAAAAAAGGCCCACCAGACGUCCACGGAUUUUCUGAGCAGCGCUGCGAAUAAUGCGCUUCUUUCUAUAUGUAACUCGUGCACGGAGAGCAAGCUUAUUUUGCACUUUGUGAAGAUAAUUACCUCGAAGCAAAAGACCUACAACCUGAUAUGCCUCAAGUGCCUAAUCGCGGUCAUAAUAAAAUUUGAGGAUAACAUUUCCAAGUUUAAGGAAAUUAACAAACUGAUAGAGGCCCUUGUGGAGUGUACCGCAGAGGGAAGUGCGGAGAUGAAGUGCACGGCCAGAGUAGCCUUGGUCGUUUUGGACAACAUAUGUCCAAUCAAGCAAAACGGCAGCAAGUUUCACAUUCCCGUGGAUAAAAUAAAGAAGAUCGAAGGCCUAACGGACCGAACGUCCGAAAGCGAAAUCGACACCGUGCUGGGGAAAAUCAAAUUCAGUUGA